AUGCAUAACGGUAUAUCGUCAUUUUCUUCGUCUCAAACCAAAAUUGAACACGAGCGCACGGCAGAAAUAGUGAGAAAGACGGAAGAGGUUAUUAGAGCGUAUAGGGAAGCAGGACACGCACUACGAUAUGUUUCUCAAGUCGUAGGUGAACUACAAAAAAUCCUUCCCGAAGACAUGUGCAUUCGCUUGCCAACCGGAUUGCUCAACGGCCCUCCAUCAACAGAGCUACACUUACCCGAUGAAAUCCGAAAAAAUGAUUUAUUGCGAAAAUUCAAAAAAUCAUCGACCGCCGCGAACAUAAACACCGCUGCUAAUUCCAAUCCAACACCACCCCCUAACUACGGUGAAUUCAUCAUGGAUAUCGAUCCAAAGCCACAGAAAUUCCGUCCUAUUGCUCCGACUAUUAUUACCAAUAGCAGUAUCAAUGCUAUUAUACAUCAUGAUAAUAGUAGUGAUAGAAAAUCAUCAUCAAAGGAGAUUCUACCACAUAAAUCUUUUGAGAGCACAAUCAAAUUUCCGGAAUGCGUAAAGGAAGAAGAGGAGCAAGAAGAUGAACUACUGCCAAGGAAACCACUAUCUUCAAAUGGUCAUAGUCAUCAUCGUCGUCGUUCGUUAAAAUCUAGUAAAAAAAUAAAAUCAUCCUCAAAGUCAAAAAAUCGCCAUCAGCCUUACGAGAGGCUAUCUGCGUCUUCAACAGACGAUGAAUCUUCCGAAAUUCCAAAAGAAUUCUUUGCGAUGAAAAUGAAUUUCAAUUCAGACAAAUCAUCAAUAAUGAGCACUCAUUCGCGUAUGGAAAAAUAUCAGAAAUCCCGAAGAAAGAAAGAAAAGCGACCAAAGAAACAACAACAGAUUGCUAGACACAGUCCACCUUCAGAUGACGAAGCAUUUGAUUCUACUUCUCCAGGUACAACUACUUCUAAUAACAGUAUCAUUAAGAAACCAACGACCACGCCGAAUCCAUUAACUGCAGAGCAGCAUGCACUUGUCGAUGAUUUCUUAAAAUGUCUUGAGCCACGACUUGCCAGUGGGACUGUCUCUCAAAAAGGAAUCGCAUUAGAAAUUAGGCAAGUGUCUGGAAACACUUCGCAAAUAGUUCAGGGUACAAUUUCAAAAUUGAUACGAAAAAUCGCAGUUCCGAAGGAUAGCGCGACUAUCGCAGCGAUUCGUGCAUGGAUCGAAACAGAACAAGCGAAGAAUGAAAGUUCGAAUUAA